UAUAUUUAGCGAGCAAAGCUGACGAGAAAGUUUUCAAAAAUAUUAUUUGGCCGGCAAUUGAAAACUACAAACUCCAAAGAUCAAUUACAAUAAACAAGGAAAAUUCCGAAAAGGUACGGCCUGUUGACGAUAAGCAGCUUGAGAGAAAAAGUAAAAACUCUGAAGAAAAUGUCAAUAUUCACAAUUUGAAAGGCAUUAAACAUGAAAUUUUGGUAUUGAUGAAUAAAUUUUUCAUGAAUCAAUUAAGCGAGCCGAAUUCCUAUCUAAGUGAUAUCGUCACUAGAAAAGAACAAAAAUCUUUGCAGUUGUAUUUUAUCGGACCCUUCACAUCUUUGAUAAUGAAGUCUAAGAAAAUGAGGUACCAUUAUUUCAUAAAUCCUCCUUCACCACUGCCCAGUUGGUUUUAUGGAGAACAUAAAUAUAUAGUGGAAAGUAAUAAUAAGAAGUAUGUGGAAAUACCAGUCGGUGUACAAAUCGAUUUCCUUAAGAAGCUAUUGAAUUUAUUAAAGAUAUACAUAGGUUUUCCUGUGUAAAAAUGUUUUUAUAUUUGUUGAUAUGAAAAAAAUAUGAUACUUAAUUUUUAU